UACAAUCGCGACUUGUUGCAUUUAUUUUCACAAAAAAAAAAAACCACUGUUUUAUCCUCUAGUAACAAUUUUUACCCGCAAAUUUUUUCAAUUUCAUUUUAUAAACUACUUUUUUUAUAAUUCUCAAUUUAAAAAAUUUUUUAAGUGUUCACUAAAAAAAGAAAAUAAAUACCAAUUAAAAUGCCAACGCCGAAAGUGAAUGGAAAUUUUGUUCAUAAAAAUGGUUUUAAUAAUGAGAACGUUGCCAAGAAUGUGACGAUUCAGGCUCAUCACGUGUCUAGGGUAAAACGAGGUCAGGCCUACGGUUCAGUUCAUGGCUUUCGAGGUUGUACUGUUUGGUUCACAGGAUUAUCAGGCGCUGGAAAAACGUCAAUUGCUUUUCAACUUGAAGAUAAACUUGUUUCUCAAGGAAUUCCUGCUUAUGGUCUAGACGGUGACAACAUUAGAACAGGAUUGAAUAGAAAUUUGGGUUUCAGUAAAGCCGAUAGGGAGGAGAAUAUCCGUCGUGUAGCGGAAGUGGCGAAACUUUUUUCGGACGCGGGAAUGAUAACAUUGUGCAGUUUUGUCUCACCCUUCGAGGAGGACAGACAAAUUGCAAAACGAAUUCACGACGAGGCGAAUCUUCCAUUUUUGGAAAUUUUCGUCGAUACACCAUUGAAUGUCUGUGAAGCUCGUGAUGUUAAGGGACUUUAUAAAAAAGCGAGAAUGGGGAAAAUUAAGGGAUUCACGGGAAUUGAUCAAAUCUAUGAGAAGCCAGUGAGACCGGAUCUCACAGUGAACACUGAAAAAUUAUCUCUCACCGAAUGCACUUCAAUGGUGAUUGAACUUUUGCAAAAGCGUGGAAUAUUGCCCAAGUUGCAUGAGAUUGGACGUUCACGUGUUCACGAACUUUUUGUCUCUCGCGAAAAAUUGCCCGCGAUGAGAAUGGAAACCGAGACACUUGAAUCCAUUGAAGUGAAUGAAAUUGACGUGCAGUGGAUUCAAAUUCUAUCCGAAGGCUGGGCUCAUCCCCUCAAAGGUUUUAUGCGUGAGGAACAAUACCUCCAGAGUUUGCACUUUAAUUUCUUGAGUGACAAUGAGAAGGAAGUGAAUCAGUCGAUACCGAUCGUAUUGCCAGUGAGUGGUGAUGAUAAAAAUCGUUUGGAAAAUUCGUCAUCGAUUGUUCUUCGUCACAAGGGAAAGGCAUUGGCGAUUGUGAGAAAUCCGGAAUUCUAUUAUCAUCGUAAGGAGGAACGAUGUUCGAGACAAUUUGGAACAAAUGAUUCGCGUCAUCCUUAUGUGAAAAUAAUUCACGAUUCAGGUGAUUGGUUACUUGGUGGGGAAAUUCAAGUUUUGGAAAGGAUUCUAUGGAAUGACGGUUUGGAUCGGUACAGAUUAACUCCGAAUGAAAUAAUCGACAAGUGCUGUCAAGCUGGGGCUGAUGCGGUUUUUGCCUUUCAACUUCGAAAUCCAAUCCAUAAUGGACAUGCUCUUCUCAUGCAGGAUACGAGGAAAUAUCUUCUAAAGGAGAGGGGAUUUAAAAAACCAAUUUUACUUUUACAUCCACUUGGUGGUUGGACCAAAGAUGACGAUGUUCCACUUCAAGUCAGAAUUCAACAGCAUCAGAGUGUUCUUGAAGAUGGUAUAUUGCAUCCCGAUACAUUGUUGGCAAUUUUUCCCAGUCCGAUGAUGUACGCCGGUCCGACGGAGGUCCAGUGGCACGCCAAGGCAAGAAUGAAUGCUGGCGCAAAUUUUUAUAUUGUAGGACGAGAUCCAGCAGGUAUGCCUCAUCCGGAAAAAUGCUCAACUCCCGACGGUAAUCUUUAUGACGCCACUCAUGGAGCUAAAGUUCUAUCAAUGGCACCAGGACUCGAUCGACUUGAAAUAAUACCCUUUAAAGUAGCAGCCUACGAUAAAAAAACGAAGAAAAUGGCAUACUUCGAUCCUAAUCGAAAAGACGACUUUGACUUUAUUUCCGGUACUCGAAUGCGAGGUCUGGCAAAAUCCGGCGAAACACCACCCGAGGGAUUUAUGUCUCCAAAGGCUUGGAAUAUUUUGUCACAAUUUUACCGUUGAAAUACAAAUGAAUCAUACGACAUAUAGAAAAUAAAAAAUUAGUUUUUAAAUAAAAACAUCAUGACGAAUUAUAAAUAAUUUAUUACCAAACAAAUACUUCUUUUUUAACUGAAAAAUUAAUAUGUAUAGACAAUUUGAAAAAUAAUAUCUAACAGAAAAAUAAUUCUUGUAUUAGAGCACCUCUUGUUUUCGUAGAUUAUACAUAUAUACUAUUUAUAAUAAAAUUGUAAUUUUUUUCUCA